CGGCUGCGGGAUCAAGAUGGUUGCAAUGAAAACCCUCCAGCCAUGACACUGGCCACCUCUCUCUCUCUCUCUCUCUCUCUCUCUCUCGGUCUCGGCAAGGGCCGUGCGCAGCCGCCACAGCCAGGCUGGCGCUCGUGCCGCGCUCGUGCCACACCGCCGCCGCCGUGCAAUCCGACCAAUCACAGCCCGCCCGCCAGACACAAACCAGCCCCGAGCAGCCCCAAGUACUUCCGAACCUCCUCUGCCCCUUCGUAUGCCCAUCUCCUGCAACACGUGCGAAAGUCGUCCGUCGGGGCCAGGAUGAAGUUUGGGCAAUAUCUCCUCGAGAACGCCGUGCCAGGUGCGAGAGGAAUCGGGAAGGAGAGACGUCAUCCGCAUGUCCAUGUUCGUCCCGGAGCUUGCGGCGAGUCGGGUUGAAGCCAAGCCCGGAACCAAGCUUCGUAACGAAUGCAGUCCACCCUGUGGAAGGGGGUCAGCGAUCGGGACCUCGCCUGGCCCAGAUUUGGGAUAACGGCGGACACUGAGCCCGUCGUUUCAAUUCGGCUCUUUCCAAAAGAAUGGCAGCACAAAUACAUCGACUAUCGGGUUCUGAAGAAGGCCAUCAAGAAGAUUGAGGCACGAAAGCAACAAGAGGCCCAUAUCCGCAAGGACGAAUACGCCCCGCAAAAAAUCGGCAACACUGGCGACAACGAUGACGAUGGCGAGGAAAUGGACGAGCAGAUGGGCGAGCCCGUCGGCUCGAUCCCCAUGGGCGAACGCAUCGAAAUCCACAUCAACGAUGGCUCGGCGCUGGGCAGCCAGCGCGAUGACUCGGCAGAGAGCAGCAGCGGUGACCUUGCGGUGCCUCUGCGGCGGAAAUCAUUCAAGUCGCAGCUUCCAGAGCAGUCUUCCAACUCCCUCAAGUUCUUCUUCAAGAAGCGCCGUCGCAGCUUGAUAAAAGAGACAGAGUAUUUCCCUGACUUUCUCGAAACCGCAAACGAAGAAGAGGUGCUCUUCUUUGCGAUGCUCAACCAAGAGGUUCAGAAAGCAAAUCAAUUCUACGAGGCUGCAGGAAGCAAACCGGCGCUUCGAAGAGCUUCAAGAGCAGUGCAAGGCGGUCACAAACUACCAAUUUAACCAAUGGGAUAGCGCCAGUGCUUUGCUCGAGAGCGAAUUCAAGACACUCAAGAACAAGCUUGUCACAAAGAUUGACUCAGUUAUAAAGCCUCGGCAAGGCAGCUCUUCUCAAGGGGAGUCGUCACAGAUCCGAACCCAC